AUGCGCUCCGUGCAGCUCGGCACGCACGCGCAUAACGCCCUGCUCGGCGUCACAAGCGCGGGCGACGGUCGAUGCGUGAGCACCGUAGCAAAAGACGGCGUCGUGACGUACGACGUCGAGGAAGAGAAACGAGAGCGAACGUUGGCGCUCGAUCGAGGGCGAAAGUUUGCUUGCGCGGUGGCGUGUGGGUCGAAUGGCAGGUAUUACGCGUGUUUGGAGAAGGAACAAGAAAGUGAUUCAUCGUAUUUGUGCGCGUGGGAGACGGAGCAAAGCGCAAACGCGGCGACGGUUGGUGAAGCAUCGAAAGAGUGCGUCACAACUCUCGAUUUAGGACGCAGUGGUCGAGUGCGUGAGUUGGUGGCGGUGGACGGCGGCGCUCUCGUGGUGACGACAACGGGGGAGGUCCAACUCUUCGGGAUGUCGGCGGAACACAUUGACAAAGCGCGCACGAGUGGAGAGUUAGGCUCUCGACGAGUAGAGACGGCGUCGGUUUUACCUGAAUCAGUUGGUGCACUCGUAGUGACGACGGAUGGUAACUUUCAGGGUCGCAAAAUAGCCACAUUUCUUGCCCGCGCGCAAACCGUGACAUUGGCUUGGGAGCUGGACAUCGAGCACCCGGACGGCGCGGCAAAAGCCAGAGUGGCGAGCGCGGCAAGUGAUGGGGAGACUUUCAUGGUAUUAUGGGACGAUGGCGUCUGGGCCCUGCACGACGCGAGCGAUGGGUCUCUCAAGCACAAGCUGCGACUCGACGGGCUCGAUGUGCAUUGUGAUGAAGCCACAUCUGGGAAGCGGAGUAAGAAGAGCGAAGAUACCUCACCGUUAGCAAGUGCGGCGUCUUUGUGCCUUUCUCAGGAUUAUUACGCCGUCGUGGCGAACUCGAAGGAAGAAAAUACCGUGGUAGUGGCCGUUUUUGAUUCGCGUUACGGCGCCGUGCACUUGGCGGAGGACGUUAGCCGAGGCUUAGAACACAAAGUUGGCCGAACGUCCGGGGUGAGCCUCGCCGCAACUUCGGGUAAUCUGAUCGUUGGUCUUUCUGAUCAAGUGGUUUCGGUACAGUUCGAUCUUCCUGAACUCUCUUUAGCUUCGCUCGUGGGAUCGCUCAGCAUACACUCGCAACCGGAGGCGAGCGCAGCGGCAAUUCGAGUUUUGGGUGCGGAGACAGCAUCUACGGCACUCGUACCGCCGCAACACGCGGCUGUGACACCUGGCUGGAAACUAGAGGAGUUAAAACUUGAUGGCCAAGGAGUCGUCAGUUUGAGCAAUGUCUGGGACGACGACGACGCACAGACCAGGGAGAAGAAGGUCCGGUCGACUGCUGAAGCUUUGGCGAGCGGUAGCAAAAAGGCGGGCUCAUCGUUACAGACUCUGAUGAAAUCCCUUCCGAUUCCGCAAAUUCUCAUAGAAAGUGCCAUUAGUGGUGGUUUAAAUCAUCGAGUGUGGGAUUCAGUGACACUUUUGCUCGCCGGUGGACACAUUCGUGGCUCUUCGACGGCGAGACAAUUAGUGACGGCGCUUCUUGAGGAAGACAUGCUUGACGAAGUCAAGGACUUCUUAGUGUACGCCAAGGACGUUUCUGCUGAAGAUAUCGUUGCGAUUUUACACUCUGCAAUGAUGCGAGACGAAGACGACCCUGGGUUGAAGAAGCGCGCUUCAGCGAACAAAAAGCUCGCAGAAAAGGUACUCGACGAAGCAGAGGCAUGCGCGUCUGAUGAAAAGUUCAAUGGCGAAGCUAAACAAAAGCUGUUUGCCAGAGCUCAACUCUUAGUGAGUGCGUACGAUAGUUUUGCACCAUGGGCACAACAACUUCAUCCCCUCAUCGCUCGUCCGUUGGAUCCAACGAUGGGUAUGCUAGUGUUGCGUGAUCUCUCCAAGCAAGACGCGGUUUCGCUACUUCAGUAUUUGCUCGUCUGGGCUAACUUUUACGCUUCAUCGGGCGGCUAUUUCGCCCGGAUCAACACUCUAGUCGAACCUGGGAUUCCCAGCGCGCACGCGGUCGUGACGUGGACGUCCGCGUUGCUCGACGCGCAGUUCACGACGUUUUGUCUCUCAGACGACGUCGCCGAACCCGUGCGCGCGCUGCGAGAGUCUUCGAGCCAAAUGCUCGAUAUGAUGCGCUCUUUAGCCGCCCUCGGAGGUGCGUUCAGACACGUCGGCGAGAACUCUCCGCUUCCCGAACAACACGGCGUACAGUCCACGACGUACACCGUAGAGAGCGUGGCUUGGUAACUAAAAACGUCGCGUUCACGUUGUUACAAAUCGUCCAAAGCGCACUCACUUCUUCGAACCGAACCAUCUACUCUUUUUCUUCGCCUCUCGCGCCUUCCUCGCCUCCUCCGUCGCCUUUCUGUACCUCGCCGCGGUGUCUCCCUGUCGCAUCAGCUUCUUCCCCUGUUGAAACCGUUCCUCGCGCGCGCGCUCCUUUUGCCAUUGGUCCAGCGCGCCGAGCUGUCCACCGUACGCCGCGAGUCCGCCGGCGGCGAGAACGGCGACGCCCCACGCCGCCGCGCCGCCGUUUCGCACGCCGAGCAUCGCGACGCGCGCGCGUCGGCGA